AUGACUGAUAAUAAUUUAUCAGGACGAACGACUAAUUUGAAUCAUAAAAAACUUUCUCCAGGACCACCAAUUCAUUCAUUAUCUCCUUCAUCAGCAGUUAAUCAAAUUGUUGUUUCAUCACGUCAUCCAUAUGCAACAGAUAAUUCUCGUCGUACGAGUAUACGAUCAACAGCUGGUUCAAGUUCUUCGAAUUCUCGAAUUCGACAUACUUCAAAUGGUCAUUCAACAAUUCAAAUGGAACCUGGUCUUCAAGCAUUAUUUAUUGCCGAAGGUCGAGCUGCCGAUAUGAUUGCAACAGCACGUUUAAAGCGUAAUGAAUUAAUCCGACAAUCAAAUCGAGAGAGUCAAGCUGAAAUCGAAGUAUUUCGACAAGAACGUGAAGCUCAAUAUAGAAAAAAAUUACAUAAAGCAACACAACUCGAACAAUUUCAAGCAAAACUUAACAUAGAAAGACAUCAUUUAUUAGAACAAAUGGAUAAAAAUGCCAAAAAACAUCGAAAAACACUCGUCAAUUAUAUUAUUCAUUGUGUUAUUGAUCAAAUCCCUGUUGAACCACAUCCAAAUACAAAACGUGUUAUUUUCUAG